CUUCUCACUCCGCAUAAUAUGCUCUGAAAUGCUUCCUCGCCUUGCUUGUUAUACUGCCUCAACCCUCUCUCACUCUCUAUUGUUCCCUUCUUCCGGUUCCACUUCCAGGACAAGGUUUAGUGUGAAGUGUGUGAAUAAUAACAUGAGUGUGGACAGUAAUUUGCUUGCCAAGGCUAGAAGGCGUGCUAAUUUUCGAUUAUGUAAUGUGUCAGGUUACACAUCUGAAAUAUUGGAGAUUCAAGCUGAGGCUCCAACUCUGCAUGUUCUGUUUGUUCCUGGAAACCCAGGUGUGGCUUCUAUUAUUUGUUCGCUUGUUAUGUUUCUUUUCCUAUAUAUUUGUUUUGUUGUGUCUUUUGCUAUGUUGGGUUACUGCAGGUGUUAUUUUAUUCUACAAGGACUUUGUGGAAUUUCUAUAUGAACUGCUAGGAGGAACUGCGUCUGUUACAGCUAUUGGCCAUGUUUCGCACACAAGAAAGAACUGGGAACAUGGACGCUUGUUUUCUUUACAAGAACAAAUUGAUCAUAAGAUUGAUUUCAUUAGAGAGCAAUUGCAAAAUAUUGAGAUUCCUAUAUUACUGGUUGGGCACUCUAUUGGUGCAUACAUAUCUAUUGAAACAUUCAAGAAGUCUGCAGAGAAGGUGAAAUUUUGUGUUGCACUUUAUCCAUUUUUGACAUUAAACCUAUACUCAACCCAACAGUUAGUUAUUGGAAAAAUUGCGAAAUCCCAAAUGCUAGCUGCUGCUAUAAGUUACCUGAUAGCAUCAUUAGGAUUGUUGCCUGUCCAGGCUUUAAGGUUUAUUGUCAAAAACUCCAUUGGGAAGUCUUGGUCAGCCAGUGCAGUUGAGGCUGCAUGCUCUCAUUUGUCACAGUGCCAUACCAUGCGGAAUGUCCUCUAUAUGGCCAUGACUGAAUUUAAAAAGCUUUCAGAGACACCAGAUUGGACAUUUAUAAGAGAAAGAAAGGCUCAAUUUGCAUUUUUAUUUGGUGUUGAUGAUCACUGGGGUCCAUUUCAAUUGCUUGACGAGAUUUCAAAGCAGGUUCCAGGUGUAGCCAUAUCCAUUGAACGAGAAAACCACACCCAUGGUUUCUGUUGCAGCGAGGCUGGUUCAUUAUGGGUUGCUCAGCAUGUGGCAAACUUAAUCAAGAACCAGAUGGCAUGUACAAACCAAUAAGGACCCAUCUUCCAGUAAAAAGGAAAUGAUCACCAACUACAUUCCAUAAAAGUAAAAACCAUCUCCAACAGCAUUUUUCUUUUUUUUGUGACCCUUGUCACGAGCUCAUCAUUGGAUGCUUCUUGGUGCUUCAUUCCUCUCGAGGUUUUGUCCGGAUUGAAGGAUAGUGAUAAAUGGAGUAAAAUCGAAUGCAUAGACAUUACUUGUGUAGAUUUUUUAAACUAAGGUGCAUAUGGAAUAGAAAUGCAUUUUUUUAUUUAUAAAAUUAUUAAAUUACUUUAUUAUCCUUUUGAUUUUUCACACAUGAUUUUCAGAUUUUGUUUCCAUAUUGAAUUUACGUUAUCAACUUUGGUGUCAAGUAUUAACUUUCAGAAAUUUUAACACGAAGAUUCUUCC